AUGGCAGGGACGAAGAUGGCUAGCCCUUUCUUACUGCUGCUGCUCAUUGCCCUAAUGAGCAUAGCAUCCAGCGUGGUGGCGGCCCGUGAGUUGGCCGGCGAGGCGGCGGCGAUGCGGGCGAGGCACGAGGAGUGGAUGGCCAAGCACGGGCGCAAGUCCAAUGCCGACGGCACCAAGAAGUACCGCCUCGCCAUCAACAAGUUCGCCGACCUGACCAGCGAGGAGUUCACCGCCACGCACACCGGGUUCAAGCCCGCGCCGCCCGGAGCCGAGAAGCUGCCGGGAUUCAAGUACGAGAACGUCAGCCUCUCCGCUGAGGAGGAGCAGGGUGUUGACUGGAGGUCCAGAGGCGCAGUUACCGGUGUAAAGAACCAAGGACAAUGUGGAUGCUGCUGGGCCUUCUCCGCGGCGGCCGCCGUGGAGGGCAUCUACCAGAUCACCGCCGGCCAGCUGGUCUCCCUCUCGGAGCAGCAGCUGCUCGACUGCACCACCGACCGUAACAACGGCUGCGGCGGUGGCUUCAUGACCUCCGCCUUCCAGUACAUCGUGGACAACGGAGGCAUCGCCACCGAGAACGCCUACCCAUACGUCCCAGCCCAAGGCACCUGCAACUCCGGUGGCAUGCAGCCGGCCGCCACCAUCAGAAGCUACGAGAACGUGCCCGCCAACGACGAGGACGCGCUCGCCGUGGCCGUCGCCAACCAGCCCGUGUCCGUGGGCAUCGACGGGAAGGGGCAGAGCUUCCAUCUCUACAGUAGCGGCAUCAUGACAGGCGACGCCUGCGGCACGGAAAUGAACCACGCGGUGACCGUCGUGGGGUACGGUGUCGAGCAGGACGGGACUAGCUACUGGCUCCUCAAGAACUCGUGGGGCCAAAGCUGGGGAGAAGGAGGUUACAUGAAGCUCGAGAGAGGCACCGGUGCGUGCGGCGUUGCCAUGAUGGCCUCUUACCCUGUCGCAUGA